UGACUGUGUUGCGGCAUCGUCAGUGUGGGAGCCAGUGGGAAGGGAGACGUUCUAACCGCUAUACUAGCCGUUAUAGCUGCUAAGCCGUAGUUAUUCAGUUACCAGUGGAAUAACCAAUAUAUCUGGUACCUACGUCGUAUUUCGUCCUCCUAUAUACUGACUUGGUUAAACUCCCGAGAAAUACGACGUCCGUCUCCUUCGCUAGACGUCUAGCUAUUGCUAGCUACUUCCUGGUUGGCGUCUCGGCCAUUUUGGUUCCGUAUUGAGAUCCAAGGAUUCCGAGGAAGUGCAAGCUAGCUCCCUCUCCCGUGUAUACCGCAAGAAGACUACCGGAGUGUUAUCCUUGUCCUGACACUUGCCAAACAGGGGGAUUUUACAGAACGAAGGGUGAACCAUGAAUCCGGAAUAUGACUAUUUAUUCAAGCUUCUGCUCAUCGGUGACUCCGGGGUGGGAAAGUCUUGCCUCCUCCUGCGAUUUGCGGAUGACACAUACACAGAGAGUUAUAUCAGCACCAUCGGCGUGGACUUCAAAAUACGAACCAUCGAGUUGGACGGGAAGACUAUCAAGCUCCAGAUUUGGGACACGGCAGGCCAGGAGAGGUUCAGGACCAUCACGUCCAGUUAUUACAGAGGGGCCCACGGUAUCAUAGUAGUGUACGACGUCACAGACCAGGAGUCCUUCAACAAUGUCAAACAGUGGCUGCAGGAAAUCGACCGCUACGCCAGUGAAAACGUCAACAAGCUCCUCGUGGGAAACAAGUGUGACCUGACGACGAAGAAGGUGGUGGAUUACACAACGGCCAAGGAGUUUGCAGACUCGCUGGGCAUCCCCUUCCUGGAGACCAGUGCUAAGAACGCCACCAACGUGGAGCAGGCCUUCAUGACCAUGGCCGCCGAGAUCAAGAAGAGGAUGGGUCCCGGGGCGGCGGCGGGCGGCGGGGACAAGCCCAGCGUCCAGCUCACCCCCGGGACCAGCGUCAAGCCCUCGUCAGGGGGCUGCUGCUGAGAACCGGCCCUCCACUCCCUCCCCUCCCCGGUUCCCUAUACUCACCGUACCCAUACGGCCACCCCUCCACUCCCAACCUGGCGCUUUCUCCUCCCCACCCCUAGACACCCUACCAAGAUGGCUCAUCCCUGCACCUCCCCAACAUGGCCGCCACCCUCCUCCUUUCCUAAACACCCUACCAUUGGCCGCCCCCUGCUCCUUCCCAACAUGGCCACCAUCCCUCCUUGAAACAUCCACUGUGUCCACCUAAAAAAGCCAACUACCAAGAAGGAGAGAGAUUAUGUUUCUGGAUCCCGUGUUAAGUAUCCGAUCGUGUAAGAGAUAAAUAUGGAAGUUGGCUUUAUUUGUACUGUACAUAACGUAGCCACACUAUCAAAAUAAAUAACACCACUUCAUGUUGUAUUGGAAAAAAAAAAUUAGACAAAAUAAUCGACCAGACAAUUAAUUUACCCCCCCCCCCCCCCCCCCCCAUCACUUUUCGCUUCCAUCCUAUUCCCACAAGAUCUCUCCCAACCCAUAGGCCUCGCUGAGACAAUAGACGUUGUUUGGAGUCCUGGUUAAACAGCCCUUUGUUGAAGGUUUAUGAGAACAGUGUGUGCGUGUUGAGUUGUGUGUGUGUGUGCGUGCGUGUGUGUGUGGAUGUGUCUUUCACUGCAUUCCUUAAGUGGGGUUGGUAUUCAACUUGCUAUGUGUUCUGUUUGUAUGCGUUUAGUUUCUUGAAUCAAAUGUUUUUUUUAAAUGCUGUUUGUUUUCAGCAUGGGUUUUCUCCCCCUCCCUGUUUUUAGUUUUUGUUUUCUGUUUUGUUUCUAUGCCAACUUCUGCACAACAGUGUGUCACUGUCCCAACAUUUAGUCUCGUGCAAAAAUAUAUAUACACGUGUAUGUAUGUAUAUAUGUGUAAAAUCCAAUCUGCCACUUCUGUCGUUGUCAAUCCCUCAUCUGGGUAUAGCAUUGACUUCUCGGUCUGGAUUGGUUUUGUGGCUGAAGACUCAUAUUGUCAGUUUGUUGCUCGACAUGUAACACUGAAAAAAAUAAAUACUACAUCAAGACUGUAUGAACCGGAA